AUCUUCAACUAUACCUUACUUUCUUUUCUUUCUGUUUCUGUAUAGACUCUUGUUCUUUGGUUUUGGUUUUUGUACACUCUCUAUCUGAUCGAUUGCGCAUCUUCUGUAACAUAGCAUCUUCUUUUUGUCUUGCAGUUCCUGCUCCCUCUCACUACCACCCAAUCACCCCCACCGGCAUCAUGUCCGAAACCCACCCCGAUGCAGCAGAGACCGCGCAAUCGACGCAAAAGAAGCUCUUCACGCAUCAGUUCCAGUUCCCUGCAGCCACAGCCAGCUCCUCCUCGUCGUCGUCAUCUCAACCAAAGGAUACCAACAACAAGGAUGAACACGUCCCACCGGGAUACACCAAGCUCCCGAAUGGAGUCAUCCUCGACAAAGAAGGCAAACCAUGCCGCCUCUGCACCUCCGCCGCCUCCUGGCGCGCCCUAACCCAAAAAGCCAAAGCCACACCCCCGCCAACUACCACAACCCCCACCACCACAGCCCCGAACCCCACCGCCCAAAAAUACGGCCAAUGUCCCCCCGACGUCGAGGAACUAGGCCGCUCGACCUGGACCUUCCUGCACUCGCUGACGGCCUCGUACCCGGCGCAGGCCUCGGCGGAGCAGCAGACGGAGAUGCGCACGUUCCUGGGCAUCUUCUCGCGGCUGUACCCGUGCUGGGUGUGCGCGGACGACUUCCGGGCCUGGAUGGCCGAGCCCAGCGGGCAGAACGCGCCGCGGCUGGCGGGCCGCAAGGAGUUCGGGGACUGGAUGUGCCGGGCGCAUAACGAGGUCAACCGCAAACUGGGCAAGGAUGAGUUCGAUUGUCGGUUCUGGGAGGAGCGGUGGCGCUCGGGGUGGAAGGAUGGGCGGUGUGAUUGAUACUUACUAAACCUCGGGGGGUGGAAUGGAGAUCCUGUGUUGGAUGUGUAUAAGUUAUGGGAUAUGUGGGCAUAGAUGUGCUAGGGCUGUUUUAUAUGUAUACUAUUCUCUUUUUUGCAUAGCAUAGGGAGGCCUCGGUUCUCUACUCUUGUUUUAUUAAGUAGAUUUGGGA